UUGCCACCAUCGCGCAUCGUCUCCAACGUUGCAAUCUGUUGCAUCAAUAGUCUUUUCAACUUAUGGCCUCAACUUCCAGAGAUUUUGGGGAGGAAGUUGAACUAUCGACCAGAGACGGGUCCAAAUAGCCACCCAAAAGGGAAAAGGGACACUCCGUGGCAUAUAUUUCGCGGACACUCCUAAAGGAAAAAGGGGUCACUCCCUAACACGAAAUAUAGUUUACGUAAUGUGUUUUUUAUCGUAGCAAUGGAAAGACUGCUAACGCGAUGCGAACGUUAGCCAGUGACGCGACCAAUGAACUGUGAUUGUGAAUCGUUGUUUGCAUCGGAGGGAAGGGAAAUAUGACAUUCAGAUAUGUGAUUUAUUGCAGAGACGAAAAGAAAAGGCGAAUUAGUCUCGUGGGCCGUGGAAGGCCUUACGAGAACUCCCGUGGAGUGAAGAGGCGUGUCACUAUAGACGACGCAAUCUGACGAUCAACAGGUAGCAGCAGGGACACUUGUCAGCUCUACCUCACCGUUUGUGCUUUGGUCUAGGCAAGUUCAUUGCCGGUGAAUAUCAAAUAUUCUUGAUCACAUUCAUGUUUGAGUCUUAUUUUGAAUGGAACUGUUUUAUCAGAUUGUUGUCAGAAAUGACCAAUUAACCAGUAGCUAUGCAUCCGAGCAGAUGACGGAAAAUUAACUUAUUUAAUUUAAUAUAACUCUUCUGUGAUCUAAGUUAAAAUGGCGCUGGUUUACUCAGCUUGGUGAAUGAUUAAUUGUAGCAAAGGGAUGGAUUGGAUUGCUUGAAGUUAUUACUUAGAAUUAUUGAAAGGAAAAUCAGAACUGGUAUUUUUUGAAAAAUGGCGAUAUAACUGGGAUUUGACUGGAUUGCCAAGAGCCACCCCUGAGAGUUGUCGAGAGAGAGAGAGAGAUAGAAAAAAAAAGCGAGAAAAACUUGUUUAAAAGUGCUAUGUAGCUCAUCUCCGGGCUUCUCAGUAAGCGCAUGACGAUGGGCGUGACCUUUUCGGGCGUAACCUUCUGUGAGGCGAGGGUGGUGUCGACCUAAUGUUGCCAUGGGUCUCGUCUGUUCGGGCAAGUGUGGCCAGGAUACUGUAGGGCCCGAACCCGAUGCCCAGCCCCCGACCCGCCCCAACUCGAAGACUGACCCGGCCCUCAACCUCUCCAACAAGAACGACUCGGAGACCUCCGAGAGAAGUGUGAACAGAGCCUACGAGAGACGACUGGAGAAGGAGAGAGAACUCUCGGGACAAGGCAUCAAGGUCAGGGAGAACUUGGACAAGAACCAGCUGCUGGAGAGUGACCGGUCCGUUUUGACUGGGGCCAUGCCAAUCAGAACGUUGACCGCCGAAGACUGUCGGUCCAGGAGCGACAUUGGGGACGAUGACUCGUCUGCCAGAGGAGUUGGAGCUCCCAGUAUGGCAGUGAACGGCCGAGGAAAAUUGAAUCAUUUGGACCCCCCGUCUCCACAAGAGAUGAACGAAGACGCCGUCAGCGCCUACCUCAAGGCCAAUCCGGAGUUCCUCGAGUCGUGGCUGAUGGAGCAAGUGGAGCUGGAGACCCUGGAACGCUGGAUGAUCAGGAGGACACAGAGGGCCAAACAGAAGAACGGCGAAAAUGGCACCAACGGUAAAAUUAUUAGAAAGACAAGUCUGUCAAGAUGGAAGUUUUGCGUCCACGCCGACAAAAGGAAGAUGUUGCAGGAGCUGACGACCUCCUUACACGUGAAGCCGAACAAGGCCCAGGUCCUGUGGGAGUUGGCCCAGUGCAUCUGCUCUGCUGUCAACGCCGACGGCUUCAACUUGUAUUUAGCUCAUCCGCCUUCCAACACUCUUCAUUACUACUCCCAGAAUAAGGAUGGGGUCGAAAUUGGCGGAGACACCUCCUGGAGCUGCGAUAUUGGCACUGGGGCUUGGCUCUGCGGAUGGAUAGCCUCCACUCGACAGACAGUGCGGGUCACCUUGUCAUCCAAUGACCCCAGGUUCCCGCAGGGGUCACCCUUCAGAGAGCAAGGCGUCCACCACGCUCUGGCCAUGGUCGUCGCUCAGAGCGACGGAGAACUGGCCGCCGUCUUGGAGCUGUACAGGAGGGAGACUGGCGAAACGUUCCACGAGGAGGACGAGGAAAUCGUCAACUCGUACCUCGUUUGGGGAGGAAUCGCCCUCCAUUACGCAGAGCUCUACCACAGCAUGGUCAAGCAGAGGAAGCUCAACGACUUCAUCCUCUCCGUUGUCAAAUCCAUCUUCCAGGACAUGGUAAGCAUGGACACGCUCAUCAUGAAGGUCAUGAACUUCGCCCAGAGACUGGUGAACGCCGACCGAGCUUCGCUCUUCUUGGUCGAUUCCAAGAAUCGCCAGCUGUACGCGAGGAUCUUCGACAUGGGGAGCGAAUUCGACGAAGAUAACCCACCUCAGGCCUCUAAGGAGAUCAGGUUCGCCAUUGGCACGGGUAUCGCUGGCAUUGUUGCCCAGUCUGGGCAGGUGCUGAACAUCCCGGACGCUUACGCCGAUCCCCGCUUCAACCGGGCUGUGGACCAGAUUACUGGGUACGUCACUAAGUCCAUCCUGUGUAUGCCCAUCUUCAUCAGAGGGAACGUCAUUGGAGUCAUGCAGAUGGUUAAUAAGGCUGGUGGCAUUUUUACUAAGGAUGACGAGGAGUCCUUCGAAAUGUUUGCCAUCUAUUGCGGACUGGCUCUUCACCACGCCAAGCUCUACGACAAGAUCAGGCGCUCGGAGCAGAAGUACAAGGUAGCUCUGGAAAUGAUGAGCUACCAUAGCAGUUGUGGGGAAGAGGAGCUUGACUUGUUAGCAAGGGAACACGUCCCUGACGAUAUUCCCGGCGUGGAUGACUAUUUCUUCAGCCCUCUGACCAUAGACGACAUGGAGAAGGUGCGAAUGGCCAUAUACAUGUUUGUGGACCUCUUUGGCCUGACGAGAUUCGACAGGGACUGCCUCAUCCGUUUCACCCUGACGGUGAAGAAGAACUACCGACGGGUCCCUUACCACAACUGGACGCAUGGCUUCAGCGUCGCCAAUUCCAUGUACACCAUCAUCAAGAGGGCGCCUAAAAAUUUCAGGCCCUUGGAGUGCCUGGCGUUGUUCGUCGGGUCCCUUUGCCACGAUCUGGACCAUCGUGGGAAAAACAACAAAUUCAUGUUGGAGACGGAAAGUCCCCUGGCGGCCAUUUACACGACUUCCACCCUGGAACACCACCACUUCAAUCAGACGGUCACGAUUUUACAGCAAGAGGGACACAACAUCUUCGGCAAACUAACAUCCUCGGAGUACAAGCAGGUCCUCGGCAACAUCAAACACUGCAUCCUGGCUACAGAUCUGGCGAUGUUCUUCCCAAACAAAGCUAAACUCGCCAAAUUGGUGGAGGAUAACCUCUUCGACUGGGAAAAUGCUGAGCAUCGGUUACUAAUAGAAGCCAUCGCUAUGACAGCCUGUGAUUUAUGUGCCUCUGCAAAGCCUUGGGACAUCCAGGUGGAGACGGUCAAAGUCAUCUUUGAAGAGUUCUAUGAGCAGGGAGACGCUGAAAAAGCAGCAGGCAAGAAUCCCAUCCCCAUGAUGGAUCGUGAGAAGACCGAUGAACAAGCAGGAUCACAGGUUGGGUUCUUGUCGGGCAUUUGCAUUCCAUGCUACGACCUCCUCACUAAGCUGAUCCCAGUGACGGAGCCUCUCCUGGACGGCUGCAAGAAGAACCUGGAGACCUGGAAGGAGAUCGCGGACAACAAGAAGAAGGAUCUGGAAUCCAAGCACCAGGAAGACGAGGAAGAAACGGACACCGGCAUUGAGGAAGUGGCCGAGGACGAGGAAGAGCCGACAGUGGACGACAUUGAGGACGACUCGACCGACACCAACGGCCGACAGCAAAAGGAGGACGGGACGUAAGCGGAGGCCGCCGUGGAUCUUCAUUGUGAUAAAUGAAUUACUCGCUAAGUGACGUGAGACGACAAAGGCUCUUUGUACAGACAAUUCCAUAUUUAUUUUUGCUAGACUUGCUCAUAUGGGUCACGACUGUCUGUAUGCGCAGUUAAUCCGAGCUGAGGCUCGUGGCAUUAUAGUUGUAUUUUUAUGAAAUCCAUAACGUUGUCGCAUCCUCAUUGUUGUAAUGAUUCACUGAAAGUUAUAAAAGUUAUGUAAAUAGGUGUGGAAAGAGUCAUUAUGAAAAAGGGUUCUCCGUUAUUCAAUUACAUUGGACUUCUCUAAGAUCCUUUGAAUAUUAUUAUUAAAUAGAAUCUGUUCCCACAACAAGAUUAUUUUACCAGUUGAUGAUUAUAUAUAUAUAUAUAUAUAUAUAUAUAUAUAUAUAUAUAUAUAUUAUAUACAUAUAUAUAUACAUAUAUAUAUAUAUAUAUAUAUAUAAAUAUAUAUCCUUAAUAUCUAUAUGUAUGAACAUAAGGACAUGAAAAUAUGACAAAUUUAAGUUUCAAAAGAUAUUGUGGUAAUUUGGUGAAACUAGUCUAUUAAAUUAACUAACGUUGCGUACUUACUAUUGAAGCUCAGAUGAACUCUAAAGGAUUAACGUGUUUUAGAGAUCAAUAUAUAUAUAUAUAUAUAUAUAUAUAUAUAUAUAUAUAUAUAUA